AUGCAGAUCUUUGAGAAGACCCUGACAGGCAAGACCAUCACCCUCGAGGUGGAGCCCACUGACACCACUGAGAAUGUCAAAGCCAACAUCCAGGACAAGGAGGGCAUCCUGCCUGACCUGCUGCAUCUGAUUUCUGCUGGCAUCAUCAUCGAGCCUUCCCUUCACACACUGGCCCAGAAAUACAACUGCCACCAGACGAACCGCGGCAAGCAUUUUGUUCGGCGACAUCCCCGGGGCUGUCAACUGCGCCACACCAACAACCCGUGCCCCAAAGAGGUCAAAUAA